UGUAUUAUUUUGGAAUAUCUCGAACUUAAAAUGGAGAAUAUAACGAGGCACCACAUACUCGUCUCUUGGCUUAAAUAACAGUAGCUAGUCUUCGGUUAUCUCCCACUUUCCCCUUACCCUGGGGCCAUUUUAGAGUGAAUUCAGGUAUUACUCGUAAAUAGCUUGACAAGCCAAAAAGAAAACAAGAAGUCACACACACACACCGAAACAAUGUCAAAUUCUUUUUGUCACCUAAAAUACUAACAGUGCUCCUUAAUAUUAAACAUCCAGUUAGUGUUUCAAUUCACCUACUAUAAGUGUUUUUAAAUUACAGUUCACUUUUUGAAUUAGUGUCCAAAUGAAGGUCGUACAUUACAAUUGUAUGUCGUUACUUAAUUUCCUUUUAAUCUGAGACUUUGUUGCUCCAUUGUUUUUCCUCUUGAAGUGGAUGAAAUCAUCAGAGUGAAAUCAUCAGAAUUAGAAGAGGGCCAAAGAUAGGAUCCUGAGAGACAUGAAAAGCCGUGGACUGUGCCUUUGAGGAACUUGUGGUACUUAAAUAUCCUUAUGUAGAAACAUAACCAUAAAGUAGUACAUCAACCCAGAGAAGUGUGGUCUAGUGGAAAUAGCACUGACCUAGAGGCAGAGACCUGGAUCUAGCCCUGUCUCCUGCUAACUAGCUUAUUAAGAUAUUUUCCUUUUUGGGUUUUGGUUUCCUCCUGUUAAAAAGAAGUUUGAGUUAAAGAUCCUUUCAGUUCUGUGAUUUUCUGAGGUGUUGAAACAGCAAGUCCAAAGGAGCUCUUUCAAUUAUUGUGCUCUGGUGUUAGAUGCCAGGGAUACAUGGGCAAAACAGGUGUUCUUUCUUUUCUGGAGCAUAUGUUAUAAUGGUGAAAAUCAUUAGGAACUGAUAAGAGUUCGACAGUUGGAGAGGAGGCAGAGAAACAGCAUGGGCAGUAGUAUGGGCUGAAAGGUGCUGGAUGCCUUAUUUCAGGGUAUAGUGUCUAGAUCUACCUAGCUGGGACAAAGGGCUGUGGAGAAGAAUGGAGAAAUAAAACAUUUGUUGAAUAAUUAACAGGUCCUCAACAUUUCUUAUGUGUUAUUUUAAUUUAUACAGCCACACCUAUGAAAAUAACUGUUAUCCCCAUUUUAUAGAUGAUGAAAUUGAAACUGAAACUCAAGAUUAAGUAAUUUGCCUAAGGUCACCCAGCAAAUUGACAGAACACAAAUUUAAAGCCAUCUUUUUAAGCCUUCAUUUUUUAUUAUACCAUUAUGAGUAUUACAUAUGAUCCAAGUAUUGCAACCUUUACAUAUAUUGCUUAUGACUCCUUUUUCUCUGCAGGGAAUGGACAGGCUACUAGCAUGGUCCAGCUACCAGGUGGGAGAUUCCAGAUGGGAACAAAUUCACCAGACAGCAGAGAUGGUGAAGGGCCUGUUCGGGAGGUGACAGUAAAACCCUUUGCCAUUGACAUAUUUCCUGUCACCAACAAAGAUUUCAGGUAUAUGAGGGAGUUUGUCAGGGAGAAAACGUACCGGACAGAGACUGAGAUGUUUGGAUGGAGCUUUGUGUUUGAGGACUUUGUCUCCAAUGAGCAUAGAAACAAAGCAACCCAGAAAAUGGAGUCUGCUCUCUGGUGGCUUCCAGUAGAACGGGCAUUCUGGAGGCAGCCUGCAGGUCCCGGCUCUGGCGCGAGACUGGAGCUUCCAGUGGUACAUGUGAGCUGGAAUGAUGCUCGUGCCUACUGUGCUUGGCCGGGGAAACGACUGCCCAUGGAGGAAGAGUGGGAGUUUGCUGCCCGAGAGGGCUUGAAGGGUCAGGUUUACCCAUGGGGUAACCAGUUCCAGCCAAACUGCACCAACCUGUGACAGGGAACGUUCCUUAAGGGUGACAAGGCUGAGGAUGGCUUCCAUGGGGUCUCCCCAGUGAAUGCUUUCCCCCCACAGAAUAACUAUGGGCUCUAUAACUUCAUGGGCAAUGUGUAGGAGUGGACAGCCUCAUCAUACCAGGCUGCUGACCAGGACAUGCUUGUCCUCUGGGGUGUGUGGAUCGACACAGUUGAUGGCUCUGCAAAUCACUGGGCCCAGGUCAUCACCAGGAUGGGCAACACUCCAGAUUCAGCCUCAGACAACCUAGGUUUCUGCUGUGUUUCCAGUGUAGGCCGCCUGCCUGGGGAGCUGUGAGCAGCCAUGCAGAGCCAACACGAGUCCCCUGUGGUACCCAUAUCACUCCCUGGCCACAGUCCAAACACAGCCAAACUCCAAGCUCUUCAACUUCAGCCUCAGGAAUGACCACCGUCCCUUUCCCCAUCCCUCUGUGGCAGGCACCUCUCUCCAGAGCAGGAAAUGACUGACCUCAGGGGAGGGGUACCACCGUGUCUUGGAGAUGGGACCAAACUUACUGAUUGUGGCCAGGAGCUGGGUGUUUCUCUUAGAGGUCAAAUAUUAACCAUAUAGAGACCAAAUACUCAAACUGGGGCAGAGUGCUCUGAAAGGUGGUUUGUUAAAACUUUUAAAGGUGUUCCUCUCCUUUCUCAGUGUCUGAUUCAGGGAUCUGGCAUUGUUUUCUCACAGCAGAAUUUCCCCAGUCCUCUUUAUUUUCCCAGCAAAUUGCCAUAAAAGGAAUACUUCCUUCGUUUGCCUCAUUUGUAGUGUUUCAUGUGCCUCUGAAGGAACCUACUUUCUACUCUAUGUAAAAUGCAAUAACUGGGCUUUUCAAAGUACAGCCUUAAAAAGUAAGGAAAACCAAAUGACUUCCCAGGAAAAACUACACAUCGUGUGAGUCAGAAAGUAAAUAACUCCAUAAAGACAAAUACCAGAAGCUUCCCUUUCUAUUAAUAUGCCUUCCAUAUGCCUCCAAACACAUGUUCCCAGAGAAGAAUGUGCUCCCUUGGUGGCACUAGAUGUCAUGAAAUCAGUAAAAUCUCCUGUGAUUAUGUA